UUGUAACGUUUCUGUUUUUUUCUUCUGGAACAUGCCAUUAAAUUAGGGCGAUCUAGAGAUCUGUAUAAAUGUCGUGAUCUUUGAAGAGACCAACCAGUCGAAACCAAACCGGCUAAGUGUGAGAUACAGUGGAAAGAUUUAGCUAUGGAGUGCUGAGUAACCAGACUUAAGAUUUAAAGAACCUCCUGCAAAACAGAUACACAGUCGAAAGCAGAAGGAAAUAAUUGACAGAAACGAGACGACCAAGAAAAUGAAUGUUCCUCACGUGACACAGGGGGCGUCCUAUCACCCUGUCAUUUUGUUCGCAUUGACAUUCAUUCUGGGAUUGAUGACGUCAUUUCCACUUGUGGCUGCAAACUUGGACUAUACCUGUGUAUUUGGAACCCUGUCUCGAACUCGCCUGACAGAUGGCAGUACGCUGGAAUACUGUCAGACUGGUAUGGAGCCACCAGUGGUACUGAAAGAUGAUUUUGUCGAGGCUAGGUCACAGUCAGGACAGUGCUGGGAGUGUAUGUGUGAUGACGAGACGGGCCUGGCCUGCUGCACAUGUGGCAGACAACAUCGAGGUGGAUGAAUCAUGUGGUUGAUUUCGAAUGUUUAUUUUUUUAAAAAUAAGUUUAGGCUCUUCAGAUUUCUUUCCUUUCUUUGUUUGUUUGUUUUUUUUCAUUAUCGGUAUCUUUAGUUAUGUCAAACAGGCAGAGUCUAUUUUUAGGAAAGGAGACAUAAUUUUAACUAAAACUUUGGUUGGACAAUUAAAAUCAACUGUAAAAAUUUGAUUUCGCCAUUACAUUUAGUUUUGCCUUGUUUUCUUCGAGUUUAAUCUCUUAUUUAUUUAAUACAUUUUGAAACUAUUUCAUGCACUUGUUAUUUAUUUACUAAAUGAUAUUUAGCUGAUGGAAAAUAAAGAGAAACAUAAAAGUC